UUUGAAAAUCGAAAGCAUUCGUAAAUGCAUCCGGACGUGAAACUACCCGCAUUGAGAAUCUGCGGGGGUGUGUUCGAAACGGAUGUACGCACAGUCAUCGGGGGGCGUAACGUCGUAUUCUUUAUCUUACGCUGGUCGGGCGAUAAUUGAAGAGCGGUAUCGAAGCCUCCUGACGCGACGGCGGUUGGCCUUUCCAAGUCACCGCGUACUACAGCAGCGUAGUCCGGAGGGUUGGCGCAUGGGGGUUGGCGAGAGAGCCGUUCCGCUAUCGAUCGCACGGUUAAAACUACCCCUACGAGGUCGGAGAGCCCGAAGGAACCUUGCAGUGCUUAAAUCCACGCGACGGAGUCAAUUUCUGAACGGCCCAAAGCCCCGGCGUCAGUAGUCGGUCGGUCAGGUGGUUUAUCAAGACCGCAGGAUAAAGGAUAACGUAACGAGACGACGUAUCGGGGUGAUAACGCGCAGAUUCGCUUUCGCCGCCUCUUCUUCUCCUCGUCCCCGAAUUUUUCUCAGGCUUACUUGGCUAAUUAGAGAGGACUUGGCAAAGCCACGGCAGAAUCAUGGCGUUCGCUGGACUCAAGAAACAAAUUAACAAGGCGAAUCAGUAUAUGACAGAGAAGAUGGGCGGCGCCGAGGGAACAAAACUCGACGUCGAUUUCGUCGACAUGGAAAGGAAAACGGACGUGACCUGCGAACUGGUGGAAGAACUCCAGAUGAAAACUAAAGAAUUUCUACAACCAAAUCCGACGGCGAGGGCGAAAAUGGCAGCCGUCAAGGGUAUCAGCAAACUCAGCGGACAAGCGAAAGCGUCGACUUAUCCUCAGCCCGAGGGGGUGCUCGGUGAAUGCAUGCAACUUUAUGGGAAGAAAAUGGGCGAAGACAGUAUUUUUGGUCUCGCGCUAAUCGAAAUGGGCGACGCGAUGAAGCAGAUGGCCGACGUGAAAUAUUCUUUGGACGACAACAUCAAACAAAACUUCCUCGAGCCUCUACACCAUCUGCAGACGAAGGACCUGAAGGAAGUCAUGCAUCAUCGGAAGAAACUUCAAGGGCGAAGACUGGACUUUGACUGCAAGCGGAGGCGGCAAGCGAAAGCUGCUGGGAAAAGGGCUGCUAGUCCACAUUUCGGAAGUCCGGCUCGAUCAAGUCCCGCAUCAACUUCUGUCGGUUCUCACGUUUCAGACGACGAAAUACGCCAGGCUGAAGAAAAGUUUGCCGAAAGCCUGCAUCUCGCUCAGAUGGGGAUGUUCAAUCUUCUAGAAAAUGACGUGGAGCAAGUCGCCCAGUUGGCCACAUUCAGCGAAGCCCUGCUUGAGUACCAUCAGCAGUGUACCGAAAUUCUGAAAGUGCUUACGGAAACAUUGUUCAUUAAGAAAGACGAGGCGGCGAACCGACCAAAAUUGGAAUUCGUUCCGAAGACACUCGCCGAUCUGAACGUUGAAGGAAUCUCUGACAUGAACGGUGGGAAUUAUUCCUUACACGGGUCAAGUCGGGCCGGAUCUCCGGUUCACGGGGACGCAAAGCGUUCGCAGCUCGAAUUAUUCCCAGCUGGACAACCGCCACAGUCCACUAAUGCAUCGCCACUGCCGUCUCCAAGUAAGUCGCCAGCCAGGACGCCAAUGAACAGGCAGCCGUGCUGCACUGCCCUGUAUGAUUUUGAACCAGAGAAUCCAGGCGAACUCGGAUUUAAGGAAAAUGAUACGAUCACCCUGCUCAAUAAGAUCGACGAGAAUUGGUACGAAGGCAGCGUGAACGGACGCACUGGAUACUUUCCGGUGACCUACGUCCAAGUCGUCGUGCCGUUGCCAUAAAACGCAACCGUCACUUGAUGAACCAAAGGAAAACCGCGUAUUAUUCAUGUCUACCACCAAAAUAACCUAACCAGUUACGACUAUUAUCCCUAUAUAAUUGAUUAAUUCGUUAAUAUUAAUUAAUCAAUCAUAUUAUAAUUAUUAAUUACGUUAUAACAUGAAAAUCUUCAUCCUCUCGACAGUUGUAAUCACCUACAAACACAAGGAAGCGCAGCUUCUCUCCGCAUGUUACGUGUACAUAAUGUUAUACCUUAUAUCUUUACAAUUGGUAUAUAUAUCGUUUGUCGACGUAAGAAUUCCCGCAUACGUAUACUAUAUCUCUAUAAUCUUCUUCACUCCAUAUUAAGUACAUGUACUACAUUUUCCUAACCCGACACAUUCAAAUUUGAAAUUAUGUUUUACUACCCUCCAAUAUUUUCUGUGUCUCUUACUUGAUUUGGCCGAACGCCAGGUAUUCCUUGCUGGUAAACACACUAUAUAUUGAGACGUUGAGUUCUCUGUACUCUUUUUCCUUUUACAUUCUCAUUUACAUGUUCGCGAUUUGUAAUAUUAAAACGCCAUUCUACUCGCGUUUAUUCCUGCUACGCUAUUCUGGCUGCACAACGGGCAGUUUCCGUAUAUUUUGGAAAUUGUUUGACGAGAGUUACUCCUCUUUUGGGAUGAACUUUUGUCGUUGCAGAGGCGUGCUGAGGCGUAUAUACCGUGACGAGGAAUUAUAAGAUAAUACCGGAUAUAAUUUUAGUCGACUUCUUUAUCCGUAUAUGUAUAGACGUUUUUUAUUUAGGGUAAUUAGGUAGAUCAAUUUUAAUUGAUUAAUUAAUUAAUUAAUAAUUACAAUCCGAUAGAUCUUACAGGAUUAUAUACAUAUAUACAUAUAGUUUAGGAUAAUUUUCACCUAUCCCAGAGUUCGUGUGAACCUUAAUUCCAGAGUAUGGGAGAGAAAUUAUAAUACAAUAUCGCAACUUGCAGUGCGUCUAUUGAGAAUAUAAUGUAGCAAAUUGACGCGUGAUACUCUCGCGGAUUAAUUCAAUUUCGAAAUCCUUCCUCUCCCCCAAACCUACUCUACCCUCAAUCUGCAAAACCUUGUCGUCAAGGAUAGGAACUUAAUAUCACUACUCGAUACAGUGGGAAAAUCAUUAUUGAUCUCCUGGAUCCAGGCUUUGGAUCAGGAGGGCUGCUGUCCAAUUUCGCGCCUCUUGUACACGUAUUUACAUAGUAAUAUUUAAAUAGGUACAAAAAUAUAAUAAACGACAACACAUUCGUCGAAAGUGUCGCGCGUCUCGCUUUCUUUAGUUUGUGCGUAGUACACGUACUCUGUUAUGCAAGAAAAAGAGAGUGCACAUUUACAUGUACGUUAUAUUACAUUAUAUCACGAAAAAUAAGAUUAUAGUGUAUUGUCGCAUUGCGUUUAAUGUAAAAAAAAGAACAGAACCGAAAAAAACAAACACGAGAAUAAAAACAAAAAUACAAAUGAUCAGUGUUAUAUCAUAUAUGUAUACAUAUAUUACAGUAACAAAUACGUAAACAUAAUAUAUGCACACAUAUAUUGUAAACAUAUAUAUUAUAUAUAUUUAAUAAUAUACAAACUUGCGCGAAUCACCUGUCAGAACAAUGAAAGUAAUUUUUAGUUAUUCGUACGCCACGUGGUUAGGAGGAUGUAUACUUUGAGCGAUACUUGCUAAACAUAAUGAUUGUGUAAUGUUAUACAUACCUAUAUAGGCCAUAAAUCAAUAAUUAUAUAUAUUAUAUGAAAAGUUGAACAGAACGUUCAGUCGCGUAACUGGUCAAUUCGGCUGUCAAAUUGUUGCAUAGUUAGCAAUAAAAUGAAAUAUUACUGAACAAAAUUAUCCCCAAGGCUGUUCCGGGAAAAUGAUGAUGAUUAUUAAUAUUAAUAUUAUUAUUGUUAUUCAAUCCGCGCAUAACCUUAAACAUAUAACGACGUUGAGAUUACUCAAACUUCGCUCAAGUUUCUCUGGUGUACUCUUAGAAGGAAUGAUGAACAUGGGCAGUGAAAAAGUGAAUCGAUUGUACCUAGGUCAUUGUGCUAAUUGUAAACAUACAGUUGGACUCCAACGUUAGAACUAAUAAGAAAAAACCAAAAGACACUCGUUGGAAACUUCCAAAUUGAAGUAGCUCAUUUUAACGAAAACUUCAAAAUACAUAACAUUCUGAGUAUCCAGUGGUUUGUGUUGUUGAAAAAUUACAAAUAAAUUUUCUUAAUAACGCAAAGCAAAGUCCGUAAUUUGACGUCAAAUUGUGUGUUAAGAAUGGGACGAAUACUUGGUGUACAAUCUGUAUAAUAAUGUCUAUCAGAAAAAAUUUGUUUGACAAUUUAUUGACGUCGUUGCAAUACUUAAUACAUUGAAUAAACAUAGAGCAAUCAAAUCCCAAGCAAAGUUAAUAUUAUUGUCAGAUUUGCCGCGAACUGAAGCAAUUAAAGAAAACAAUUAUCUACUAUAAAGAUAUACACUGAAAUUAAUUAUAAAUACUAAAUUGGUAUCUUAUUCUAUAAAUGUUGGCUAUUGUUAAAUGUUGAAUAUUGUUCUAUGGUCCGUUUCGUAAGUUAAUUAUAGCACGGGGUAGAUUCACUCAGAAAAAAACAAUUUACACAAUCAUGCAGAAAAAGAUGUGGAAGCAAAAAUUCUUUAUUGUUUUAAAAAUCUUAAGCGACAUUUCACCUGAAUUAUUUACAAAGUCUGAUAAUGUAGCUUGGUAUCGUAUUUCUACGGAACAAAUAUUCUAGGGAAAGAAUUUCAGUGGGAAAAUGAAAAAAAGUGAUAAACUGAUUGAAAAUAAACGAGUAAAAUAAGAAAAGUGAAAUGUUAAUAUUUUUAUGGUUGCGUAUAUGGAAAGCAAAAAGUAAAUCAAAACACAAAUUCAAAUAUACUUUACAGUCUCGAAUAGUGCAUAUAAGUAGCUAUAUUAAACGAACAAAGAUUAAAAACCCGUAUUGUAUUUAAGUCGCGAAACGCUCUGUAAUCUAAUUAUAAUCUAACUGCUUGGAGACCGAAUAAACUGAAGUUUGCUUAGUCUCUGUAAAUAAGUUGUAAAGCACUGGGCAUCCGUGGUCACCGAUUUCUGCAAUUAUUCUGUGUCUGGUUCUGUUAAGAGCCAGGAACCAUUGCCCGUACCAAAUUUUAACAUUUGACGUUAUUAAUUUUGAUUCUAUAUUUGCUGAGAAGUAACGUCAGUUUCUCUCAAUUGUUAAUAACUAUACAUACAUAAUAAAUAUAACCCUACGAUUAUUACUUGUUAUUAACUGUAGUCAAUGAAAUGACCAGGGGAUGCAGCACAGUGAUACUUUCAAGACAAUACAUAAUGAUUAAUUGUACUUAUUGGUAAAUUAAUCUACUAUAUAAUUAUUAAAACUCUGAAUAAAGAAAAUAUAAGACAUACAAUUUCGGUCAAUGCUAAAUGAUUAUUAUAAAUAAUUAAAAAAUAAAGUGUGCUCUAUGUCAUCA